UUCAGUUAAAGUAGGCAGGAAUUCUGCUCUCUCUUGUAUUAAACCGGUGAAAGCAGCUUCCUGCCUGCCUCGAUUUUUUUAUAUGUAUGCCUCGCCCUCACUCCUUACUCUCUCCUUUGCACCCCUAGUACUGCUCCUCCUACUUGCGCUCUUCGCGCAGCAAGACAUAGAAGAAGAAUCACCUGCUACUCAUGCAUGAGCACCGCCUCCUCGCGCCGCAUAUGAAUCAGACAUGAAUAGGGGCCACAGCAGCAGCUCCUCGAAGCUCAUCAACGAGAAGCUCGAGGAACACCGGAUCUCCACUGCGAAGCACUGCCCCCACUGCGGCGAGAAAAUCGACAGCAAGCCGAAGGAUUGGGUGGGGCUGCCAGCCGGCGUCAAGUUCGAUCCAACUGACCAGGAGCUGAUUGAGCACCUCGAGUCGAAAGUGAAGGAUGAAGGCUCGAGAUCCCACCCUCUCAUCGACGAGUUCAUACCCACAAUAGAUGGGGAGGACGGCAUAUGUUACACCCACCCCGAGAAACUUCCAGGUGUGACCAGGGAUGGCCUAAGCAAGCACUUCUUCCACCGGCCAUCCAAGGCCUAUACAACUGGCACGAGGAAGAGGAGGAAGAUACAGACGGAGUGCGACGUCCACAAGGGAGAGACGAGGUGGCACAAGACCGGCAAGACGCGGCCGGUGAUGGUGAACGGCCGGCAGAAGGGGUGCAAGAAGAUUCUGGUGCUGUACACCAACUUCGGCAAGCACCGCAAGCCGGAGAAGACCAACUGGGUGAUGCACCAGUACCACCUCGGCGACCUCGAAGAGGAGAAAGAGGGGGAGCUGGUGGUGUGCAAGAUCUUCUACCAGACGCAGCCCAGGCAGUGCAGCUGGUCCUCCGAGCGGGGCGCCGCCGCUGCUGCUGCGGUGGCAGCAGCUACAGCGCAGGAGCAGCGUAGGAAGGAUAGCGGCAGCGGCAGCUGCUCGUCGAGGGACCACGAGGUGUCGGCGACAUCGUUCCCGGCUGGAUACACGGUCACCACCGCCGUCGAGAUGCAGCAGCAGCCAGCGGACCAUUUCAGCUUCGUGCCUUUCAGGAAGACCUUUGAUCAGGAGGUUGGUAUAGGUGGUGAUCAGGUGCCAUCUAAUCAGCUUGGACGAUCAGAACAGCAUCAUGCCGGCCAGGAGCAGCAGCCACACCGGCCGGUGCUCGCGACCACGGCCGUCCCUGCCACGGCUUUCCUUAUCAGUAGGCCAUCGAACCCCGUCUCGACAAUUGUGCCACCUGCAAUGCAGCACGCGUCAGUUGUUCUCGAUCACGAUCAGUUCCAUGUGCCAGCAAUCCUUCUACAUCACCACGAUAAAUUUCAGAACUUGCAACAACAGCAUCAGCACCAACAGCAACAGCCACAGCAAAAGCUUGAUCGCAGAUCUGCUGGAUUGGAAGAAUUGAUAAUGGGCUGCACAUCGUCCACAAGCACAAAAGGGGAAACUUCACUUCCUCAGUCCCAAGAGACAGAAUGGCCUUACCCUUACUGGCCGCCUGACAACCAAGAUCAUCAUGGAUAGUAGCAACAAGGCUGUUAAAUAGUGGCGAUCAAAACCAAAACUAACCACACCACCUUCAAUGGAAUGGUCUUUGUCUCUCCUUGAAUAUACUGGACAUUGCUUUAAUUUCUUGGAGAAUGUACUGCUGUUGGAAGAUAAAGAAAACAGAUCUACGUGGAUCUCCCUCAAGGAAAAAAUGGUGAUGAUAAAAUUAAUUGUGAGCUCUUCAAGGAACAGAGACAAAGCGGUGAAAAAAUAGAGAAAAAAAGAAAGAUCGAUGGGAGGAAAGGUAUUGUUGUGCUGACAUCAAAACGAAGCAUAACUGGCCUAGAUGCAACCCGUAUUAGUGCAACUUGAUCAAGUAUAACUACAAUCGAUCCAUGGUUUAUCACAGUUUUUUCAUUUGUAUUGGCUAUUUUUCAAUUGUAAAAAGUAGUAUUGUUUGCAUGUACAUUAACCUGGCCCCUUCUUUGCUUUUUGAAUCGAUACUUAUUUCCCCCUUGUUAAUUUGUGCUCCAAAUAUGCAUCAUGGAGGAAUAAACUCAGUAAGUUCUUUAUUC